AUGAAAGGAAGAUACAAGUUGAGCAAAAAGUCAAGAUUAUCGAGGGCUCAAAGAGAUUUUCUUAAUGCUUACUUCGAAAUGAAUCCAAAUCCAAAUGCUCAGGAGAGGGAAUCCAUUGCAUCCCAAUCGCUGAUAUCCAAAGAAAAGGUUAGAAACUGGUUUCAAAACAGAAGAUCCAAAGAAAGAGGAGACGAUAAGGUAUCUUCUUGUCUGAGCAUUUCCGAUGCAAAUUUUACCGAAACCGGAGUUCAUCCGAUGUCAAAUGACCUUUAUAUUCGGAGGUAG